AUGCCAGUGACACUCAGCUUGAAAACGGUCGGAACGUAUCAAACACUCGGGGACAAGUUCGUCAUCGAGAUCUUUUCGAAAAAAACUGGAAAAUUUUCCAGAACUGUCCUUCCCGGCGCUCGCCCGCCACUUUUGAACGAAGAUCCGAAGCUGUACGGACAGCUCGACGAGGAUCUGGACCUGACCCUCGGCUGUGAAGGAUUCAAGGAAAUGAUGUGCGCGGACAGGCUCUCUUCGCUCUUGGACUACCUCCGAAAGACCAACGAAAAAAGAUCGUCGCUUCAAGAAGUGCGGAAAUUAGUGCAAAAUAUCUAUCCAUAGCAACUAUACCGCACGCGUUUUUUAUACUUUUCUCAAAAAUUCGUUCAAAUCUUCGGGCGGGCCCGAAAUCUUGCAAAUCUUUAUUUAUCUAGUGUUUUAUUCAGACAGUCGACGCGGAUUUCGUUGCGGAGCGCAGAAUUCUGAUCGCACUCGCGAUGAACCGUCGACCAAUGGAAAUUCAGGCGUUCCGACACAAUGGAGUCAUCUUUUUGUGCGAUAAAAGCCAGACUGAGUUUGUUUUAGACUGAUUUCUUGUAAUUUUGCAAAGUUCCUCACUUUCAGCGACAACUGGCCGUACGGAUUCGGCUACAAAUUCGAACAGUACAUGACUUUGGACAAAAACGGAAUUGCGCACGACAAAUACGCGAAAAUAACCGAUUCGCAGACGACAAAGAACGUUUUGAGAGCGUCGAUGGCUUCUGGAGACGAGAGUAUUUCAGUGCUCUAUUCGGCAGAAGUGGCUGCUCGCGAUGAAAGUGAGAGGAGUUCGGGAAAGUUCGGAAUUCCAGAGAAUUUCAUUGCAGAAGGGUUCAAUGUGGAAAUCAAAACGACAAUGAUGACACAUAGAAAGUGGCUGAAAACGCAAAGCCAGCGACACUAUCUGAACGCCAUUCUCGGCGAUAUUCCGUUCACGGUUUACGGAUAUAAACAGAGAGUUCAGGAGCAACUCGUUCACAGAAUAAGCGAUCUUCUAGAAUAAUCUAGAAACCGUGAUUCUCGUCGUUUUUAGGUUGAAAAGGUGUACACAGCUGACAUCCCGAAUAUGAAGGUGGACUGGAAGAAGGAGAGCUCUCUGGACAGUCUGUUUUCGACGCUUCGAACGAUUAAAAACGAACUCGAAAUAGACGGCGACGCGAUUUUGAUGAAAAUGACGGAGGACGACGUGCUCACUGAGCCAGAAGACGUCGACAAUUGCACAUUCGUGGAUCCGUUCUUCAUGAGACACUUUGAAUGACUUUUGCAUAUAAUUUUAUCGAAUUUGUACAACAACAACAAGUACUAAUAAAACUAAUUUUUCGUCGACAUUUCGAAACCGUUUUUUUCACAAAGGGCGUGUACUAAUCCUUUCGAAUAUUUGAACAAUAUAAAAGUAGUGAAUCACUGAAAUUGCUCACUUUUAAAUGCGGAGACUGUGACAGGCCCCUUGGUAUCUGUCGCUUCUUUUCCUCGAGGAGUAUUUUGAGCGCGCCAGCGACAGCCGGCCGCACGGUAACACAUGAUUCCUGGCACGGAAUUAUCGCUCCGUUACAAGACACUGUUUGCUUUUGAUUGAGAAAAUUUUUCAGCAUUUGCUUAUAACUUUUCUAUUCUUUCAGAUCGCAAGAUGAGUGUUUCGAUCAACAUUGACAAUGUUGCAACUUACAAAAAACUAGCGAAUAGGUACGUUUUUCCCAGCCGAUCGUAAAUUUAUUAACUUUAUCGGAAAACAUUUCGAAUCCAGGGAUGCCGUUCCGAACAUGCCGCCAUCGCGCCUGAACGAGGACAGCAGACGAUACGGAUUGCUGGAAGAGCCGAUGGACCUGAUGCUCGGCGGCAGGGGAUUUCGUGACGGAGGAUUCGGAGAUCGUUUCCACUCACUAUUCAACUACCUCCAAAAGACCAAUCCAAAAGGAUCUUCGCUCAAAGAUGUAAAUAUUCCCUUAUUUCAUCGGAAACGAUUUCCUAUCUCUUCUCCAGACAAUCGGUGCGGACUUCUUCUCGAACCGUCGUAACCUGACGGUAUUCGCAACCUCCGCCUACCCCAGGAAGAACGGACCGAUGAAAAUUCAGGCGGUCCGACACAAAGGAGUCAUUUUCCUAUGCGCUAUGAGCCACCCAGGGUCCGACAUCUUGUCAAUUGUUGCUGAAACGAAUUGUGCAUUUUCAGCGGUUGUGCCACGCCCGACGGCUACAAAUUCGAGCAGUACAUGACGUUGCGCGAGGACGGAAAAGCUCACAGCAAGUAUGCGAGAGUGUCGAACGACGAGUGCUUUCGUGCACUCUUCCGGAUGAGCAUCGGCGGAGCGAGAGACGAAAAAUUGUCCGUUUUUUAUACGGCCGAAGUUGAUGCGAUUGAUGGAGGUGAGCGCGGGCACCAGAAUUGAGGGAAAAUGUCAUUUCAAUAGCAAACACUUGAUUUUGAGCAUUUUGAGCGCUCAAACUGUCCCAAACGUGCUUUUUUCAGCGGGAAACUUUGUGGAGAUGAAAACGACGGGUACCGAUAUGGACAAGUGGAGGAAUCUUUCGAGUCUCCCGCAUUACCUCCAGUCGUUUUUUGGAAAAGUGCCGUACAUUGUCUACGGACGCAAAACGGCUCUUCCUGAAAGUAAACAACACGCGUUAAUUGUCAACAAGGUAAUUUUACAGAAAAACCUUGAAUUUUCCACUGUUUAUCGUUUUUAGGUGGAGAAAAUGAACACGGCCGACAUUCCAAAGAUGGGCGUCGAUUGGGACAGAGAAUUGUGCUUCGAGGAGCUGUUCAAGACGCUCCAGACAAUCAAAGAUCGACUGAGAAAUGACGGCGAAGCACUUAUGGUCACGAUGUCGAAGAAGGGAGUGGACUUUGGCCCCGAAGACGCCAACAACUGCACAUUUGUAAAAAAAUGGUUCCUGGACCACUUUGAGUGA